AUCAACAUGCGUCUCCGGAUAGCUUCUGUCGGACGUAGACAGCUUCACGAAAAGUUGUAAACUAAAUACAAGUUGUGGUACAGAAAUAGCUCAAAAUGUUUUUUUUAACGUGUUAAACAGUUCAGUGUAUUUUUUAGUAUUUUUCUGUCGGUGAAAGCCGAGUUUGUGGAGGAGCUACGUAUAUAAUUUGACUCCGAGUCCGCGUGUCUGAUUCCAUGAAAAUCCUUCAUGGUUUUAAAUAGUUUUCUAGCUGUAGUUGUAGCUUGUUCAGUCUCACAGAUACAGAAGAGUUGUGAAAAUGUCAAAAUACAAGAAGAAGGAUGGUAUCCCGGACAGAUGGCUGGACUACAAAGCUGUUGGAAAGAGGCUCCAUGGGACUCGCUUCAUUUCUUUCAAAGUGCCUCUGAAACAGUCUUUGAACUUGAAAGUCCCGCGCUCAGAAGUGUUUGGCCCCUGGGAUCUGCGGGAUGCUUUGAACAAAGAGAACCAAGAGCUCGGUCUGAUCAUCGACCUGACGUUUACCAGACGCUACUACACACCUGAGGACAUUCCACAGUCGCUGCUGUAUGUUAAGAUCUUUACAGCCGGCCACGAGAUUCCCAGUGACGAAACGAUCCUGAGCUUCAAACGCGCCGUGCACAGAUUUCUCCUGGAGAACAAGGGCAACGACAAGCUGAUCGGAGUCCACUGCACUCAUGGCGUGAACCGCACCGGCUACUUGAUCUGCAGGUAUCUGAUCGACGUAGAGGGGAUGGACCCUGAAAAGGCAGUGGAGCUGUUCAACUUGUCGCGAGGUCAUGCUAUAGAGAGACAAAACUACCUGGAAGACCUAAAGCAUGGUCCGAAGAGAAGUAACAAAGACAUGGCGACGCAUGAGCAGGUGCCAGUAAGAGGUUCCUUAGCAGCUGACAGCAGAUCCCGCUUUAAUGACUCUGAACACCACAGGUUCGAGGAGGUGCGAGGGUUCAACUCCAAAUCGAGAGCGCCAGAGGAUGAGAAAGCCAAGUUGUCAGGCAGGACCGAUGAGACUGGCAACUGGUGGAAGGCAAGGCACGAGGAGAACCCAGACGAGGCACGAGGAGAACCCAGACGAGGCACGAGGAGAACCAGAACAGGACUGAGGGAAACCAGGAUCAAGGAGACUGGAUCACUAGAGACAAGAGAGAGCUGGUCAGUUCCUUCUCGAGGAUCAAACUACCACUAUUCUGACUGUGGCUUCUCCCCCCGCCCUCCGUUCCUUCCACAACCUUCCUUUCACCCUCCUCCACUGGCCCAACCAUACAGAUGGCCCAACGGAUCAGACACUUCGUGGAGGAGACCCCCCUCUUCAGGGCAGAGCUGGUGUGCAGACGGCCCGUAUUUGGAGCGGUACCCCUCUGGCCCCCAACAUAAGGACAGAGGAAGAGCUGCUCCUUUUGGGCUCCCUCGCUACUCCCCCCGCUGGGCCUCUAUACCCAAUAGUGAUGAAGCAGCGGUGAGUGGGAGCUGGCCCAAAAUGAGACACCCAGUCAGACACACGCAGAGACACGACGUCAAUGGAUACGGCAACAUCUAGUUUUACACGAUGAUUUCAGAGCAUGCACUCAUUCAUUUUUUAUUUAAAUUUUAUGUUUCAGAUGAUUUGAUGACUCAUUUAGUUACAGGUCUGAGAGUUUUUCAUGGUUUUAGAGAUGUGCAGAGCCCGUUUUACCAAAUUUUAGUAGGUUGACAUAAAUAAAGCAAAUUUA